AUGUACAACCUUCAUAGUCCACCCUUAUCCGCUGCUUCUUCCACUUCCUCACCACCACCAGAAUGCGCUGAGCGGAGGAAGCCCAACAUUCUUUUCAUUCUCGCCGAUCAGGUCUCCGCUCCGCUCCUCCGUAUCCACAAUGACAAGUCUCCCAUAAAGACUCCAAACAUUGACGCCUUAGCAGCCAAAUCAGCCGUCUUUUCUUCCGCCUACUGCGCCUCGCCACUAUGUGCUCCCUCGCGCUCCUCUCUAGUCACCGGGCAACUGCCUUCUCAGAUCGGUGCCUGGGACAAUGCAUCCCCACUGGGCUGCGACGCUCCAACAUACGCCCACUACCUGCGAAGGGAGGGGUACGAGACGGUCCUGGCUGGAAAGAUGCACUUCAUCGGUGAACAACUACACGGCUACGAAGAGCGUCUGACAAGCGAUAUAUACCCGGGAGACUUCGGAUGGGCCGUCAAUUGGGAUGACCCCGAUCGUCGUCUUGAGUGGUAUCACAAUGAAUCCUCUAUACUCCAAGCUGGCUCCUGUAUCCGCUCUAACCAGCUCGAUUUCGAUGAAGAAGUCAUGUUCAAGGCCACGAGGUACCUGUACUCCACCGCUCGCCGUCCAUCUGACUCGCGUCCAUUCUGCCUGACUGUCUCGCUCACACACCCACAUGAUCCUUAUACCAUUCACAGGGAAUAUUGGGAUCGGUACGAGGGUGAGGACAUUCCGCCUCCUUCCGUGACAAUACCUGAGGAAGAGCAGGACCCUCACAGCCAGCGCUUGUUGAAUGUAUGUGGGUUGAAGGAUGCAAAGCUCCCAGAUGAAGCUAUCGCUCGUGCUCGACGAGCCUACUUCGGCGCGGUGAGCUACGUGGAUGACAAUGUGGGAAAGCUUCUGGAGGUGUUGAAAGAAUGUGGCAUGGAUGAAGACACGAUUGUGGUCUUCUCUUCUGAUCACGGGGAUAUGUUGGGCGAACGAGGACUAUGGUACAAGAUGUCUUGGUUCGAAGCCUCUGCUCGCGUACCUCUUCUGAUCUCGUACCCAAAGCACUUUGAGCCACAGACCAUCACACGUAAUGUUUCCGCUUUGGACAUCCUUCCCACACUCGUGGAUCUGGUCAACGGGUCUUUGGACAAGCGUCUCCCUAUUGACGGCAGUUCCCUUGUCCCAUACCUUCACGGUUUCAAUGGGAAGGAUGGCAAUGAUACCGUCUAUGGAGAGUAUGCGGGUGAGGGCACGAUCGCCCCGCUCAUGAUGAUCCGCCGUGGGCCCUGGAAAUUUAUCACCUGCCCGGUGGAUCCACCCCAGUUGUUCAAUCUCCUCGAAGACCCCAAGGAGCUUCAUAAUCUCGCAACUAGCAUUGAUCCAGGGGUGCAGGAAGUGUUCCACGCUUUCGCUAAAGAGGCUCACGCGCGUUGGGAUUUUGAUCGCAUCCACGCAGAGGUGCUCAAAAGUCAACGUAUGAGGCGUCUGUGCUGGGAUGCACUCAAGCAAGGUCGCUUCCAUAGUUGGGACUACCAGCCGCAUGAAAAUGCAGGGUCACAAUAUAUCCGCUCCAAUAUUCAUCUCGACGAACUAGAGCUCCGUGCACGCUAUCCGCCUGUCGAUCAUAUGGGCCGCGAGAAGAAACGAGGAGAUGCCAAAGGCAUCGCUGCGGCUUGGGGCGAGUAG